CAAGCACCGCUGCGUAUUGUUUGGUAUAUAAAUAUUGCAAGCUUCUUUUCAUAUUUCAUUAAAUCAACUCUGGCUAUCCAUACCCUUUCUUAUCUAUAUUACGAAAAGAUCAAUACUUUGUGGUCCAAUUCGAACCGCGAAACAGCAAUCCUGGCGAUUUAUAUCUUUAUCUCGAGACAAGCUCUCUUUGCUUCGGCUCUUUUCGAAGCGGCCGAUGAGUUGUGGCCACCUUAGGUCAAUGGGUCAGGACCUGAUGGAAGCGACAGCCUGAAUAGUGCAGGCAUGAAUGUAGACUACGAAAUUUAUAUUCUUUGACAAAAAAUAUUGUUCAAGUUGAAAAGCACUUUCGGCCCUUCGUACAAUAUCCGGACGAGAUGUUCCAGCAAAUAAUAAAAACCCUUGCAUCUCCUGGAUUCAAGGGAGAAAUCGAAGAUGUGGCACCAACUCAGCAUGUUUUUUUGGAUACCAGCGUCUCUGAAGGAAAGAAGACUAGUGUUGUUGGUGAAGCAGAGCAAUCUAUGUGUACCAAGAAUAUCACUGGCUAUGUUGACCGAGUCAAGAAGAGUAGGCUUGACCGAUGGCUCGAUAGAGUUGUCAAAGCAUCUGGCUCUCAAUCUGUCUUCUUCAUCAUGAUUGGUGGCCUCCUUAUCUGGGCUCUUCUCGGCAUUCGCUACGGUCAAUCCGACAAUUGGGCCGCGAUCAUUUCCGAUGUGCAAGCGAUUGUUAGCUAUUUCUUUGACUCUCUGCUCAUGCGUCAACAACUAAAUGGGUACGAGAGGCAGGUACGGGCAUCUGCAAGCUUGAGAUCUCGAAUUCAGAGCCAAAGACGAAUGUUACGACAUGUUCUUGCCAGCGGACGAUGCAAAAAGCUUUCUCUUGGGGAGAUUGAGAGCAGCCAAUCAUCGAAAUUUAGUCCUGGACUACCUGAAGAGAAUUGGAUUGGCCGAACCUCGAAACAUGUUUCGGCAUUUAUGGGUCAUUUCGGUACUAUUUGCAUGUACUGGGUUUGCAUCUUCAUUUGGCUGGGCUUCGGGCCCUACUGUGGCUGGAGCGAUCGUUGGCAAUUAUAUAUCAACUCGGGAACCUCGGCUCUAAUGAUUGCGAUCUUCACAUUCCUUGCCAACAUUCGCGAACGCCACGACGAAUAUGUUGAGAAGUGCAUGAAUUCAAUUUUUGAGGUGGACUCUGAGAUUGAGUUAAAACUUCGAAUUCUCACUAAUGACACAGAGACAAACUCAACGGUCGUUAUUCCUGCGCCUCAUUUCGGUAUCCUUCAGCGAGUCAUCUUUUACUAUGCAGAUGUAGUUGGGACUCUUGUCGGUAUUGCGCUUCUCAUCAUUGUCUUAAUCAUUUGGGUUUGCAUUGGACCUGCCAUGCACUGGAAUAAUAACUGGUGGUUGUUUAUCGGUACCUAUGCGGGUUUGAUUGGGUUGAUUGAUGGCUUCGUGCUUCGCAACGUUCAACAACGGCUGCAUCGGUACGAACAGCUUGCUCUAGAGGAGGCUAAGCUUGAGGAUACAAGUGUCUCAGAUGAUAUCAGUUUGCCCCUACCUGAGAAGAAGAAAGUCUGUUGCAACUCUAUACACUAUCUUGUUUCCGAGAAGAUGGGCGUUGUGUGCGCGCAUGAGAUUACCGUCGUACUGGGAAUUAUGCUUGUCAUAGGCCUCAUUAUUGGCGCCAGUAUUAUGAAAUGGACCACCACUGGGCAACUGCUUUGCAACAUCCCCCCAAGCAUUAUCGAAUCUUUCUUUAUGAUGAUUCUUAUCACUGGUCAUAACCUCUCGGAAACUAAGUGGCGUGCGGACCUUCACCACAUGUACUUGUGGCGGCUGAGACUUUAUUUAUACGUUGACCGAUUGACGCCUGGAACUGGGAAUAGUGGGAAUGCUCAGGAGGUAAGAGCAUUGCGUGAGUUGUAGUAGGUGAGUGCUACAAUAGAAAAUAGCCUAUUGCAGCAGGUGAGUGCUACAGUGCAGACUAUGGGCUAGAGAAAAUACUUGGGUUUAGUCAAUCAAUUGAUUAGCCUUGCGUGUCCGAUGCUACCUUAGAACUGUGCUAUUUAUUAUUCAACCGGCUGUAAUAAAC